AUGGCUUUCCUCUGUGGUGAUGUACGCAGCGUGCGGCACCCGCGGAAAGUGCUGGACUAUACAGGCAAUGACAACGGAGCCGAUGUGGAUAAAAAAAAGCAUCUCGCAAACAAGCUAAAAGGCUCAGAUGGCCUGGCUAUGGCCCAGAAAUUCGUUACAGUCGGCCUCAUCCCCAUUGAUGCGGACCAACUGGCCAGGGACGAGAUUAUGCAGCUGGCUGCAAGUUGUAGGCUUUAG